AUGACACGAUUCUGGGAUCUUAGAGUCAUUGACGCGAUGACCGGCGAGGCGUUUACGGGAAAUCCCACACCAGUUUUCAUCCUGGAUCACCUUCGCAAAUGGCCAGAUAAGCAGGUUUUGCAAGAGAUCGCACGGGAACUGAAUCAGUCCGACACCAUCUUUGUGAGAAGGGCCAGCAAGCAGAAUGAAUUGGGCAACCUGGAAAGUCAGAAGGGAGCAACUGGAUCUGUAUCAACAGCAUGCGUGUAUGAUAUCAAGUCCUUCACUCCAUUCAAAGAAGAGCCCUUUUGUGGGCAUGGAGUUGUAGGCGCAACGAUUGCACUGGGCGACGCCGGAAGAGUAACAGGGGAUGUUACGUUUUAUACGGUGGAUGGAAUCAUGGUGCAGGCACAACUUGGCGCACAUUCGGGAGAACGAGAACAACCUGGAGAUUCGAAUAUCGGGCACAAAUGGACGGUGAAGUUGCAGAUCCCUUCGGUGCCUGUGACUGAAGACUUCAAUCAAGACUUGGGCCUCCGGGAAAGGAUUGCUUCAACAUUGAACCUGCACACCCGCCAGAUUGUGAGCCUGGGGCGCAAUUCAUUGCAGGAUCUCGUUAUUGAGCUUGAGGACUCGGUCGACUUUUCAGCAACUCGAAUGACCAUCGAUGCAGUGGCUUUAAUGGAAGCAUUUCCGCCAGGAACCAGGAGCCAGGUCUUGACGGGGAAUGGGUCGAGAUAUGGAGUCGAUUUUGUCAAGAGAGUGUUUGCUUAUGGCAGUGAGUAUCAAGCCACAGGGUCCACUUAUUGUGUUCUCAUCCCUUACUGGGCUUCGCGGUUGGGCAAGUCAAGUCUGAAGGUCAAACAGAUCUCCGAAAGGACAGGUGAGGUGACUGUUGAAGCAGCUGCCCCAGGCACAGACAGGGCUAUGUUGAUCGCGUCUGGUGUCAAAAUCAUGGAGGGUAAGAUUCUGGUCCCUCGUGUCGGGGGCGAUGACGGCGGUGAGGGAGUGGCAUCUCGACCCAAGCUGGAGUGCGACUAAAUGCAUGAGACGUGCCAGACAAUAAUGUCAACACAGUGCACAAAGGAAGGCCGCUGUCGGUUGCUCGACGUGAUAUUAAGAGUCAUCGACCUCAACUUGGAACGAGGGGCUGACUUCUCGGAGAUGUCGAUUGCUCCGAUCGGCUAUGGCAUUGGUGGAGGUCGUGAAGGACUCUCGGUUAUCGACGGUGAGAGGAGACCGUGUAAUUGCCCAAAUUGGGAUAUCAGAGUCUCAGGGUCCCCAAGAUAGUCUCAGAGUCGUCCGGGAGCCGGAUAACGGUAGAUUGACCUUGCCGCAAAGAGAGGAUUCAGG